GCCGCCGCCGCGCCCGGAACUCGCAUCCCGGGCCGGCCAUGGUGCACAUCGAGACGGUGAAAACCAAGGCGUACGCCGACCAGAAACCCGGCACCAGCGGGCUGCGCAAACGCGUCACCGUUUUUCAAAACAAUGCCCACUACGCCGAGAACUUCAUCCAGAGCAUCCUGGCCACCGUGCCGCCGGGAGAACGGCAAGAGGCCACGCUGGUGGUGGGGGGCGACGGCCGCUUCUACAUGAAGGACGCCAUUCAGAUCAUCGUCCGCAUCGCCGCCGCCAACGGGAUUGGCCGUUUGGUCAUCGGGCAGCACGGCAUUCUCUCCACCCCAGCAGUGUCCUGCAUCAUCAGGAAAAUCAAAGCCAUCGGUGGCAUCAUUCUGACAGCAAGCCACAAUCCUGGUGGGCCCCAUGGAGAUUUUGGGAUUAAAUUCAAUACGGCCAAUGGAGGUCCUGCUCCAGAAGGAAUCACAGACAAAAUUUUCCAAAUUAGCAAAAAAAUUGAAGAGUAUGCAAUCUGCCCGGAUCUCAAGGUGGACCUGGGUACCAUUGGAAAACAGCAGUUUGAUUUGGAGAACAAAUUUAAACCCUUUACAGUGGAAAUUGUGGAUUCUGUAGAAGCUUAUGCAAGUAUGCUGAGGAACAUCUUUGACUUCAAUGCAUUAAAGGAACUGCUUUCGGGGAAAAACCACCUCAAGAUUCGCAUUGAUGCAAUGCAUGGAGUUGUGGGCCCUUAUGUGAAGAAGAUCCUGUGUGAGGAGCUGGGAGCACCAGCAAACUCUGCUGUGAACUGCACCCCACUGGAGGACUUUGGUGGCCACCAUCCCGACCCCAACCUGACCUAUGCUGCUGAUCUGGUCCAGACCAUGAAGACAGGAGAGUACGACUUUGGAGCUGCCUUUGAUGGAGAUGGGGACCGCAACAUGAUUCUUGGCAAGCACGGCUUCUUUGUGAACCCCUCUGACUCCGUUGCUGUCAUCGCUGCCAACAUUCUCAGUAUCCCUUACUUCCAGCAGACCGGGGUCCGUGGCUUUGCCCGCAGCAUGCCCACCAGCGGGGCUCUCGACAGGGUGGCCCACGCGACAAAGAUUGCUUUGUAUGAGACUCCUACUGGCUGGAAGUUCUUUGGAAACUUGAUGGAUGCAAACAAACUGUCUCUGUGUGGAGAGGAAAGUUUUGGUACUGGCUCCGACCACAUCCGUGAGAAGGAUGGGCUCUGGGCAGUCCUGGCCUGGCUGUCCAUCCUGGCUGCCCGCAAGCAGAGCGUGGAGGACAUCAUGAAGGAUCACUGGCAUAAGUAUGGCAGGAACUUCUUCACCAGAUACGACUAUGAGGAGGUGGAUGCAGACGCAGCUGGUAAAAUGAUGAAGGAUUUGGAGGCUGUGAUGUUUGACCGCUCCUUUGUGGGGAAGCAGUUAUCAGCUGGUGACAAAGUCUACACGGUUGAGAAAGCUGAUAACUUUGAGUACCACGAUCCCGUGGAUGGAAGCGUCUCCAGAAACCAGGGCUUGCGGCUCAUCUUCUCCGAUGGCUCUCGCAUCAUCUUCCGGCUGAGCGGCACCGGCAGCGCUGGAGCGACCGUGCGGCUCUACAUCGACAGCUAUGAGAAGGAUGCUAAGAAGAUCCACCAAGACCCACAGGAAUGUGAAGCAUCCCACCUUUGCCCUCUGCACAAACGCUGCCAGCAAAACUUCUGAAGUUGAUGCAGAUGUGCUGACAAAAAGCUCUUUAUCUCGUCUUCUGUACAGAGGUGAGGUGUCUCUUCUGACAAACAGACCUUCUGCUAAAUCCAUGCUGGCAGCUUUUCUGGCAGAGCUGUUUUCAUGGAAUCACAGACUGGUUUGGGUUGGAAGGGACCUUAAAGCCCACCCAGUUCCAACCUCUGCCAUGGGGCCAAGAGGCUUGCCCAGGGCCCCAUCCAGCCUGGCCUCCGCGGAUGGGGGAGCCAUCUGUUUUGAGUCAGGACAAGUUAAAACCUAAGCCUCCCCAGCCUUGCUGCUGCUCAUGGUGUGCCUGAGCCCUGCUGCUGGAGCUCUGGUCCUCAGCAGCUGUGUGCUGGUGGGAAUGCCUGUCACUUAAUGAAGCACAAGGAAAGAAAUGCUGUGGCUUUUGCAUUCAGAGAAGAAAAGGAAAAAACACUGGAUCUGACCCAAUUUGUGUGUGAAAGUGAAGUUCAGUGUGGUCCAGCCCAUGCUCAUUGCUUAAACCCUCAUGCACAGAAAGGUAUCAGAGGGGGGCCUGUGCAAUCCAGGCUGAGUCCAAGGUGUGAGCAUGGUGCUUUUGGGGACUUUGAUCCCCUCAGUCAGAAAGGAUGCCUGGCUGGGUCUGGAGAGGAAAUGCCUUUCGUUUGGCAGUCACUGCCUUGAGCCUUCUCUGGGUGGCACUGGCCACAUGUAACCCCCUGGAGUGCCUCCUGGGUCACUUCAGGCCAGGCCCCGCCAGGAUGGCAGAGGAGCACAGGUGACACAGAACUAAAACCUGCUGUGUUUUACUCUGCUGUCACAUCUCUGCUCCUUUGCCUUCCCCUGGUGCAGCGCACAUGGGGCUUGUCUGCCCCUUUUUCUGUUCAAGCAAAUCGCUGCUGGGAAACCUCCUUUUGAGCUAUUUUCUAACGUGUACUGGCAAAUACUGAUUUCACUCUUGUGAUAGAUGUCCUCCUUCCCUGAGAGCUGGGCUGUGUAAAAAUGUCCCAUGUCUGCAGCUGUCCUGUACUCUUCCCUUUUAAUCUGCAGUGGAGGUUUGUUAUUGUGUGAAUGAAGCACUGGGUCUUUAAUGAAGGAUGCUGCUUCCACUCCACGUCAGGAAUCAUUAGUGCAGACACUGCUGGGACUUGUUGCUAAAGGAAUGGGUUUGCCAGUGCCCAAAUUAAUCCAGGAACUGCCUGGCUUCUGAGCACUCAAAGCCUAAAUCUACUUGACAGCUUCUGGAGGGACAAAUAUGGUGUGGAAAUAUUUGAUCUCUCAGCCAGCUAAUAACUUGAAAACAAUGUAAGUCAGUGAUUAUAAAAUGCUCUGAGAGACAAAAGGAGAAUUUACAUUUGCAUCGUAGAGCUUCAGUCCAGCGUGACUCUCAAAACAAGCUGCAGUUGCAGAUAAUGCAUUUGUACUUUGUGUGGACAUCUUCACCUCUCAGAGCCCCUUGGAAGCCGGGUCACGUCCUCCUGGUGGCACAGACUGGGGUGACCCGGUGCUGUGUGCACUGCUGACACAGAGAGGCUGGUGUGCCAUUUGGGGGGAGCAGUGGAGCGGUAUUAUCUGUGCCACGUGUGCUCCUCCCGACACAGCCACGUUCUGGGCAAGUGAAUGAAAGCCCAUUCCUUGGGGCUUCGGCAGUGUGUAACAUCUCCAGGGCCAGGCACAAAGCUUCCUGUGCUCUCACAGCUUUGCCGUGGGUACGGUUGCUCCUUCCCCUAAAGCACAGCACGUUGCCCCACCAGCUCGCUGAGCAGCACGCAGCUCUCGGCCCAAGUGCCAGCAAGCUCACUGUGAGCACACAGCAAACGAAGGCCAGUUGCUAGGAUAAAUCACUUAGCUCCAAGGGAGACCCUCACCUGAAGCUACCAGGUUUCGUUAUUCAUCAUUUUCUCUGGAAGUUCACUUUUGCCCUGGGGCUGCAUUACUGUGCGUUGCUUCCAAGGCUGCGGCUGCCUGCAGCAGCAGAGCAGUGUGCUCAGCCCAUGCUGCUCUCACUGGGCAAUGGAGGUGUUUGCAGAGCCUCAGCCCCUCCGAGCUUCUGAGUAUUUGCAUGAAAAAUUACCACUGCUCUCUUUGCUUCUCUUCAGGCUCAAGCUGUAGGCUGCUGUCCCAAAGGAGCCUAAUCAGAUCCAGAUGUCUCACCAGUUGUAUGUGUUUUUUAAUCUUUAUCCCAACUUCACAUAAGGCAGUAUCUGAUUUCUACAUGCAGUCUCCACCGCCCAGAAACGAAAAUACAUCUCAAGCAAAAAGCAAGACAUUCAAGGAGUGGAAGUCCUCCCAGGAGUGGAAAGAAGCACCAGAUCUCAGGUUUCUUGUCUCAGCCUCGGAGCCAGAAGCCGGGUGCAGCGGUGGCAGGGUCACUCUGGCACUUGGGAUGAUGGUUUGUUCUGCUGGGAUUGGUGAACGGCGAACCCACCACCUCUCUGGGCACCUUGUGCCAGUGCCUCGCUGCCCCUGUAACAAAAAAAAUUGGAUCUGGGAGGAUUGGGGCCAGCAAACCUGAGCUGGGGCUGGGGAGGAGCAGGGCCGUGUGGGUGAGGAGGAGGAAGGUGAGUUAACAGCAAGGCUCAGGAGCUGGUGCUGCAUGGAGGUGAGGGGCACAGGAUGAUGUAUGGACACCAGAAGGAGUUCAAGUUUCAGAGCAAUGAUUGGUGGCGCAGGGUGACAGCCAGACGUGCUGUGUGUUGGUGUGCAGCUCCCUGCAAAGGGCUCCUUGAGUCACUCCUGUGAACCUCCUGCGCCUACAGCGGAAAGAAAAGUCAGAAACGAUGCUUUUUGGAAAGAAUGAAUGGGCGAAGAGAGGCAGUGCUGUGUCCCAGUGAAGCUGCAGAGCUCUGUACCAUUCCACUCUGUGUUGUGCACUGCUCCUUGGAGAAUGGGGAAGCUGGAGGGGAGCGGAGGAGUUUAGGAAGUUCACAAGCAGAGCGUUUGUGUUGUUUCUGGCAUGGAAUUACUGGCUGUGGGCGUCCCUUCGUGGUGCCAUCCACCUCCCACAGCCACAACCGACCCCACUGCUCCCAUUAAGGGAGGCUCAGUCGGUUCCCAGCACAGCAAGGCUUGGGCUGUGGGUUGGGCCACAAGCAAGGUGCAGCCGGAGCCAGAACGAAGCUGAUCAGUGUGGGAUGGAGUGCUGGAGGCAGCUGCUGCUGAAAUGAGGCACAGUGCUCUGCCUGCUGCUCGGGGCCACGUGGGAUCCCCACAGAGAGCCGCAGUCCUCAGCUUUGUGCACAGAUGUGAGCGCAGUCACUGGUGUCCCCUCCCUGGGCAGAACACGCCGCUGAUGUCUGGUUGUGGCUGCGCUAAUGCUGUGCGUUAGUCCUGAAAGAGAAAGGGGAAAGAGAGAGAAGGGUUUGUGUCUUCUCCUGACUAUGCAAAACCGAAUGAAACAGGAGACAGAGGCUACAAAUCCACCCUGUCCCAGUGCAGCCCAAAGAUAAAAGCGUUGAAAUGCUCUGUAAUUAGAGCCAGCCUCAAAGAAGACUUUCUAUGACGGCAGUAGGUCAGAUGCUCAGCUCUUACACCCUAUGGCACAGAAUGAAAGAAUGCAAUUUUUCAGCGGUGCUGGGGUUCUCAUUUGGCUCAGCAGCAGCUCAGAGGUAUUUUUCCUUUUGUAAGAAAUAGGAACUGAUUGUGAGAUUCCGACUGCUUGGGUGGCACAGAAAUUAUAUAUAUAUUUAAAUGAUGGUCUUUUCUGGUUCCUAUACCUUUCAACAUAAGCACUGCCUUUUACAAAGAAACAAGGCAAAGUGAAAGCAUCAGUUAUAUGCAGCAUAGGCUCAAGCAGUUAAUUAGUACGUGUUACUCUGAAAGUUACAUCAGUUUGUAAGGUUGCUAAAUGGCCCCCCAGGCCCUGCUGGGCUUAGCCAGGAGCACUCGAGCUCCUACCAGACUGCAGAGGCGAGUGCUCCCUGCGCAGGUCAGCGCUCAGCUUUGAGCGUCCUGCUGAUUAAACUUGCUUUCGUGGAGACGGAGGCUCUGGGUUAUAUGGAGAGUAGAAAAGUCACAGGGCUUAGCUUAAGGGCUGAUUUCUAAUCUGGGAUGACAGCAUUCAUAGCCUGUGCUAUAACCACCUAUUCAAGCUUAUUUUUGACAUUCUGCUUUUUCAGUGUUCAAACUGAAAACUCAGUUACCAGCGAUCCCCAAACGCUUCCUGAAAUCAAGAGCUGAACUCCUGAAUGAGCAGCACGUGGCUGUCACCUCCUGCACCUCGCUGCUCAGAGCUCUGCAGCCUGAUCUCCUGAAGCCCUGGGCAGCCACCCCACCUCUCUGCACCUCUUCUAGGUGACACUGGGGGCUGUGGCACUGAGGGAUGUGGUCAGCGGGCAUGGAGCAGGUAGGGUGUGGAUUGGGGAGCUUACAGGAGCACAACACUGCUGGGCAUCACUGGUGUUGUUUGCAGCUUUAAAAACAUGGUUUCAAGACUUGAAUUCAGGGAUGAGGCAGAAAGAAAUAUGGCAGAACACAGACAGAGCCACUGGGUUGAUGUUUGGGGAAUGUCACAGUGCAUGAGGGAGUUAGGGUAGGGGUUAGACUUAUUAGGCUUUGCGUUUGGGUUAGAGUGAGCUCGGCCUUGCGUUUGAGUUAGGGUUGGGUUCAUAACUUGCUCUGUUGGUAGUAAUGUGAUGCCAGACACGAGCUGCCAGCUUUUAGCUGUGUGUGUGAUAUUAAAGUCUGCGUGUAACGAGAGCCCUGAGGACAGCCCCAAACUGUGCUCUGCUCCUGCCCAACUGUGGGUACAGGGAACACACUGCUGGUCCUGGGAUGUAGAGCGGGGGAGCCCAGAGCUGCAGGGCACGCACAAUUUGGCAGGCUGGCUUGUGCAAUCAGGGCAGUGCUCUUAAAGCAAAGUUUUCUGUAAUUUCAAGAUUAAAUUUCUGAUCUGUGUGCUUGUUACUUUGAAUGGAAGAAGCUUACUGUAAAUUGAAGCAGUUUACUGUUUACUGUAUUGCAAAGCAAUACGUGGGCAGGGCUGUUGAUUAGUGCCCAGCUCCCAGCAACAGGUGGGACAGCAGAGCUUCUGGCACCACCUCAAGCAUUCACUGCUGAAAACAUUUAGGUCAGCACUGGCAAUGUAGGAUUUUGUUCUUCUGCUUUCACAAACAAAUGAAAAAAAAAAAAAAGAAACAAGAAGAGAUGGAAUGGAUCCAUGCAAAUUCAAAAGCAGCAGAAACGGAACUGGGCAUUCACAGUUUCAAGUACUGGUAAGCUCUCUAUCAUAGAGGGAAUGAAAGGCAAUUUUUAAGCAGCUAUUGUGUGUUCUGCUUUGAACUGAUUGUUGUUAGUGUCUCAUUAAAAGCAGCUGAGCUGCGUUAUUCAAUUUUCCAUACUGGCCUGGAAGCCCACAGAGUGGCUGACUGCUCCGAUGGGGGGCUGUUAAACUCCUGUGGCAGAAAGAAGGAACAGAAUAAAUAAUAGGCAACUGAUUUUUUCUGCCUUGGCCAGGUGAGCCAAUGCUGAAGUGCACAUAACCCCAGGGUAUUGCAUAGGAAUUGCUUUUCUGAUGCAGGGAGGUGCUGGAGUGGUGCACUGCGAUUUUGUAGCUCAGUGUCACUGGAUCUUUUGUCCACCUUAACUUCUAGACUUUCUUUCCAUCUGUCUUUUUUUCCCUCCUUUGUAUCCAACUUCGUCUUUUUUUCCUUCUCCUUCAGUUUCCUAACGUUCCAUCUUCUCCAUGCAUAAUAUUUUUUCCCUUCUCGUUUUUCCCUUCUGGGUUUUUCUCUUUUGUGGUACAGGAGCACAGACUUCAAGAUCAGUAUCUCCCUUCACCAUCUGCACCUUUCCAUUUGCCUGUGUUUUCAGCAUCAACUGAAAUUCCCUUUGUAUGGCUCCAGCUCGUGUGAUUGAGGAGUUGCUGUAUGAUCAGGUAAGCUUGCAGACACAGCUGGUUUUAUAACAUCCUCCAUAGUGCCCACAGAAGCAGAGCCCAGCAGCAGCUCCCACCAGGAGUUUGGGCCGUACAACCCGAGCAGUGUGGGUUUGUCCUGUUAAAAGAUGUUGUAAUACGUAUGGAUAACUUGAAGCAAAGAAUACCUUCCAUAGCAACUGCAGUGUUUGUAGCAGCAAUAGCAUACGGGAAUGCCUCAGCGCUGCACUUCACUGAUUGUCUGUACGGACGUGCUGCAAGGAGCUGAAGUAAUGAAGCACUGCCUGGAAAAAAUAUAUGCAAAGCCAAAUUUUUACAACUAGCGUAAGCAACUUCUAAAUGAAAACCUCUGAGAAUCAAAAGGAAAGAGCUUGUCAGGCACUGCUAGCCCAAGCAGCAUGCGCUAAGCCACGUCUUGUCGGGUUGUAUGGCAGCCCUGCGCCCUGCGGGUGUGCAGCAUCCCCACAGCAGCAGCUCAGCACUCACCCCGCUCAGAACACUGACAAAAACUCUGCAUGGGGACAGCCAGGCACUGCUGGGCGACCAGGGAUGUUUAGUCCAGAAGGAGAAGCAAGGGGGUUUCUCUGUGCUAUGUCCCAGGUCUCGUUCCCUGAGCUCCAGCACUCCUGCCUGCUGCACAGAGCAGCGAGACCAACGGAAACCCCAGAGAUCUUCUUAAAAGUUAAUCUUGUUGUGGGAUUAAAUACUACAGAGCAGCAUGUAAAAACGUAAGAAACAAGUUUUCAAGAACAAGCUUUCUUUAUUUUGACGCCCUUCAUUUUUUUCCCAUUAAUAAAGUUUGGCAUGAUUUUAAAUCCAGGUCACAAGAGACCUUGAGCGGUCACCAAAGGCAGUGGUGGGAUGCUGAAACCAGAGAGGAGGUGACUGGCAGUGGUAGGAGACAGACAGGAUGCUGGGGAGGAAGCACCUUUUGAGAGCAUUUUCUCAGCAGUAAGAGAUUUGCAAAGGGUGGGGAUUGUGGUAGAGUUAUCUGGAAAACAUCUCUAAUUCCUAUAAUAUAAAGCCCUGUGGAUUUUUAGUUUUGUAUAACACGUAGAAACUAAUACAAAUGUAAAGCGUGUUUUAAUGGACGUCUUUUAGCAUAAGUAAUACUCAAGAAAUAUAACAAAACACAAAGUAUUGAGUUACUUCCCAGAGUCCCAUUGUUUUUAUUCCACGUACAAAGAAACGAAUGAGCCCUGAAGCAAUUUGAGAGGUAAAGGUCAAAUAUUGGGUACGUAUUCAGCGUUUUCAAACUAAGAAACUGUGGAGCUCUGCAGUCCCUUGUACACAAAGAGCUUGUCAGCACGAGUUGCUGAGAGUGCUGGGAGAUCGGUGCUGGCAGCCCGGAGGAGACGAGCAGGAAGGGUUUGAGCCGAAAAGCACAAAGAAGAACAGAGUUAAUCGUGGUCUGUAAAACCAACGUUUCUUGUAUUUGCUCCUUUGGCAUCGCAGUGCCACUCCAGAACAGGGGCCAACUGUUAACAGAGGCAAAGCCAACUUCAUCCUUUGCAGGCUGACGAAUGGUCAUGUAAGUUACCAAAUAACCCAAGACCUCAGGAUUAAACUUCUCCAAUUGUUUUCACAUGAUGCAACUUUAAAUCUCUCUUUUGAACAGUAUUAAAUUUCCUUUCAUUCCCAUAAACUUCAGAAAAAGUUGACUGCUCUCACAUUUCAGACUGUGACCCAGCUAACUUGCACUUUUCCCCUCUGCUAGUCUGGAGAACUGAAUAAUGAAAUUCAGACAACGGUGACCAAAUGUUGCUCCAUGGAACUUUCCUUUUACAAAACAGAUGAAUGCUCCUGGGCUCCAAAACACUGCAGGGAACAAAACUUUCAAACCUUUAUGGAAAUAAAAUAGUAAGCCUAUGCAGUGACUUCAUCUCCUUUAUCAGAUCAGAGACGUUUUCGCUGGAAUCGAAACGGAUUAGAAAAAACCCUCUAAGUAGAGGAAAAGAAUUAAAAUAUCCCACUGAAGCCAUUACUGAAACACUGCUUUAUUUCAGAAAACACACCCACGUGAGUGAACGCUGAGUUUCACAGAGGAGAAGAACUGCCACAUCAUCAUCGUUCAGAUGGAAGGGUGCUGCGGUCAGUCAGGAAAAUAAAUAUUUCAGUGUUUGUGAUCAAAGGAAAAGAUAAGGCCGUGUGCUGUGCGUUCUGAUCCUGACACAGGGCUGUAGAAAAUGACCACGGAUAUGUGGCCAUGUGAGGGCUGGGAUUUCUCUCUGGAGGUGCUCUCAGAUCUCCUGGAAACCCGAGCAAGUUUGUCCAUCCAGCACCUCGCCAGAUGAGGCCCUUUAUUUACACAGUGAGAAAUGCCCACUGCGCUGCGGAUUUGUUGCUGUGUGAGUGGGACUGCAGUCAUUUAAGCCCGUUGCAAAUGAAGCCACUAGAGUCAAAAUAAAAGGAGCCAAAAUAUAUAAAUCCAGCAGGCAAAGUUUAUGGGGGAACUAAACCAAACAUUCAACAUGGAGAUUUAGUGCGGCCAAACCGUUGUAACUAACCAGGGUACCUGACAUCAUCUCGUGUCCUACGGGCACGGUCCCCAUUUUAGUGGCCUGUUCCGCUCAGGCUGAUAUCAAUAAAAGUUUUACAUGCAAAAUGAGUGGAAAAUACGAGAUGUUAGAUAGUACAGUACAAGUCUAUAAAGCUGAUACCCCUGUCACGCUCCUGGCAACCCCAGCCAACUUCCAUGCAAAUUCCACCAAUGGAUCUUUACUGAUUUUGUCUUAAUUGAAAGCCUUAAAGGUGAAUUGAAACGUUGUUGGAAUAAAAACCUGUUUAAGAUGCCAAAUCCCUAACAAAAUCCCAGUGCAGGCUUACAAGUAAAUAAAUUGUAAAGGCAAAUGUGCAGGCCUACUUAUUAACCUGUCAAACCACGAAUUCUGGAAUCUGUUCUUCUCUUGCAAAAUUUGUGACAUUCUUCUCCCCCUAAUGACUGGAGUAUUUUACUGCUUUGCAGGCCUGGCAACAAAGAUGACAUUGUUUAGGAAGGUGGUGAAAUCUGCCUUGCUCAUGGUGAUGACUGGGGGACCACUUCCCCAUUAAUUUAUGUGGAGAAUUGGGAGGCGCAGUCCGGAUGCCGUGGCCCUUUCCUGGCAGUGCUGCUCACUACACGUGGGGCUGCGUGAGGUUGUCUGAUGUGGUGUGAAGUCGUGGUUGGAGGCAGCUGAGUGUGAGGGUGGUUCCGUUUUCCAAACUAUUGCUUUAAUGGCCUCCUUCCUGAAUUCAGUUGUUGAGGACGAGGUGAAGUGAUUCCUCUUGCAAAAAGCAAACAAGCUGUAAGAGAAAUCGUGGGCCAUUUGACAGGGCCUUCACCUGACGUAUUUUGCACAAGUGUAACGUGGUCGUACCCAAACUAAACUCGAUCCAUUACCUUCUUUUGGAGACUCACUUCUCGGGGUAAUGAGGAAAUCAGAGCUGAAACAAUUGCAGUGCUUUCCUACUGAAAGAUCCCUACAAAGCUCAGCAACUGCAGUGUAAAUCACCAGCUGUGGGACUUGGAAGCAUCACUGCUGCAUGCUGCUCCUGUUGCCUGUCCUGCUCUGCACCUUGUCUGGUUGUUGAAUUAAUGCUUUGGAAGGGACACUGAAUCUGAUGAAAUGCGGGGUGUCAGCAUGCAGUCAUGAAAAUAAUAACAGCAUAAAUAAUGCAUAAUAAGCA